UAACGUUCAAGUCAAGUUUGGCGGCCCAAACUAAUUACUUGCAGUUUCCUUGUUUGUACCUCGGUGAACUAAAAUCUAAGCAUUGACUUAUAAUAUUAUGUGGAGUUGUGGCUGCAAAGACAAAGUGAACCGGGUGAACGGCGGAAACUCGAAUGCAUAAUUCCUCUGUGGCGCCUGUGUGGAUCGAUCGAUUCGCCUUCUGCUUGAUAAACUGAUAGCUGUAGAUCUACGAACCGACGAUCGCCGAGAAAGAGUAGGAUAGUACUGGGGAUAAUCCUGUGCAUGUCGCUAAACUAACUUCUAUUCCAAGUAAUUCGUCCCGACGAAAAGAAGCGCACCUGACUCCUGGUGUUCGCUAGCUGGCACAUGAUGGCUGAUCCCGAGAGAGCUCCGCUUCUGUCCGCGGAAGAUGGUCCGGCAAUUGCCAUGCAGGCAGCACCACCGGCCUAUUCCGAUGUGGUUGAGGACAAAGGCACGGCGGCGGACUCACAGCACCGCCGCCGCGUGGUGUGUGAGGUGUGCCGGACAAGCCUGACCUACAGUGAUCGGCCGGGACUGAGAGUGGUCCGCUGCAGCCGCUGCCAAGAGGCCACGCCUGUCGGUCCGCCGCCACCCGGGAAGCGGUACGUUCGCUGUGCGUGUCAUUGCCUGCUGACGUGUCUGGCAACCUCCAAACUCGUCGCCUGUCCACGCCAGAACUGCAAGCGUACCGUACGCUUGACUCCGACGUCGGGCACGGUGACGGUGGUGGCCACGACCCAGCGGGUCACGUGUCCGCGCUGCCAAAUCACCGUACCGUGGAAUACUCGCAGGUUUGGCAUCAGUCGCUGCUAUGCGUGCAACAGCCUGAUUCCUAUCAACAGCGCUAUGCACACGUGGGCCAUGAGGCGCGCCCGGAUGUACACCAUCAUCGGUGCGGUCCUGCUCCUUUUGGCCAUCACCAUUACGGUGGUGACGGUUGAGCUAUCUGUCAAUGGAGGCGUAUUCGUGGUGCCAGUCGGCUUUUACGGCAGCGGAACGUACUUCCUUGUGCGGGGUUUGAUGUACUUUUGCGCUGUUCACGGGGCGCCAGUGGAGUGAAAAAGCAAGAAAAAAAGAGAUCACAGAAUUGAAGCUGCUAUUUUGUUGCCCGAUGGCAAGAUUAUUUGGUAUCAGACGCCACACAGGCGUCUUGUUUUGUUUUGUAGUUUUUGUACAGCGCACGUAGGCUGCUUUCCUAGGACUAUUAUCGUACCUGUGUUGCACGAGCAUUGACAAUAUAGACACAUUAUUCUUGCUAGCACUGUGCAUGAUUUAUCACUGGGCACUUUUUUUUUAUUGGGCACCUGCACCGAAUUAACCCAUUUUGAACUCUCUUUUUUUAUCGGAAUCUGAAAUAAUUUGAGCCGGGGCAGUGCUCUCUUUCUUACUUUAUACCAAAUAUUAGGAGAUUCGUUCACUAUGACUCGUUGGACAGUGUAGCCUUUGCUGAAUUGCAGCUGAGCUGCCAGCGCACGACGGCUUUCACAUUUUGACGUGUAUUUCCUAGCACUAUUCCGUACCUGAAACCCUGUUAUUUUCUAGGAAACCCUGUUGGCUUUAGGGUUUUCACAACUUUUCAGUCACAUUUUUGUCGAGAUGA